AAAUUUCUUGGAAGCGUGCAUGCGAAUCCCCACCACUUCAUAUUUCCAGAGUCCUGCCUCUCUUACAGAAUACUAAUAAUGUUACAGAAAGUGCUUCGAUUCGCAGAGAAAAAUGUGCUCAAUGGAUGGACCCCUCCUCUCCAAGACGUCAUCAUGUACGGAGUCGCCAGAGUAUGAUAACCCUAACUUUUUCUUUUCACAUUGCAGCCGACGCAAGCGCAGCCUGGCAUAGAUGCAAUUCAACAAUUGAUAUGAUAUACUUUCCCAACCUGAUUUGUUAACUCUACACGACACCCAAGAGCCAUCUUACUCUAAAAGCUUUUCUCCUAAUUUCUACCCCACUUUCAAACUUUCGAACGGCAACAUACGAUAUCGUUUCUCUCCUACAUCGACCUUCCGCAUCAAACCCGAUACAUCAAACAUUCCCAAGCCUCAACGUAACAUCAUAUCCACAAGAAUGGCAGCAUCAGCAGUUACAGGCCCCAUCCUGAAGCUGAACAAUGGCGUUUCCAUGCCUUCGUUGGGAUUUGGAACAUUCGCAAGCGAGGGAAGUUCGGGAGAAACACACAGAGCAGUAGUCGCAGCCCUCAAUGCCGGGUACCGACAUCUCGAUUGUGCCUGGUUCUACCAAAAUGAAGAGGAAGUCGGCUCCGGCAUGCGAGAAUUCCUAUCCAACAACCCUAACGUCAAGCGAGAAGACAUUUUCAUCACCACCAAGGUCUGGAAUCACCUUCACGAACCAGCGGACGUGGAAUGGAGUCUCAAAGAUUCCCUGCGGAUGCUGCAAACCCCGUAUGUGGAUGGGUUCCUCGUCCACUGGCCAAUAGCAGCCGAGAAGAACGAGGAUAACACCGUGAAAAUUGGAGCGGAUGGAAAGGUACCUACGCAAUUUUCCUUACCCUGCACACUGCAUAUUUUCGCAAAUUCUGAUUUGUUGCUAACCGAUAUAACCAGUACAUAAUCAAAAAGGACCUAACCGAGAACCCCGAACCAACAUGGCGAGCAAUGGAGUUGCUUUACAAGCAAGGCUUGGCAAAAUCGAUUGGUGUGUCCAACUGGACGGAAAAGGGGAUCGAACAACUCCUCAAGUUCGCCAAGGUCAAACCGACCGUCAACCAAAUCGAAAUCCAUCCUUUCCUGCCGCAAUACGAAUUAAUCCAAUUCUGUCUUUCCAAAGACAUCAUUCCCGUCGCCUACUCACCCUUAGGAUCGCAAGACCAGGUUCCAGGCACCGGUGAAAAGGUCUCGACGAACAAGGAUUUGAAUGCGAUAGCGGACAAGAAUGGUGUUUCCUUGGCUCAGGUCCUCAUCUCUUGGGGAUUGAAGAGGGGAUAUGCGGUUCUUCCUAAGAGCUCCAACCCGACGCGAAUCUUGAGCAAUGCCAAAUUGAUCACUUUGAGCGACGAGGAUUUUGCUGCUGUCAACAAGGUUGCUGAGGGACGAAAGUCGAGAUUUGUUAAUAUGAAGGAUACUUUUGGGUACAACGUCUGGCCUGAGGAGGCGUAGGAUAUCUUUCACUCC